AUGCAUCUGCUGCAACAGCCCCCAGGAGCCUCCAGCAGGCAGAUCCUCCCUGCCAAGCUGCUGCAGCGGCUCAAGUCUGGCAAAGCCUAUGAGUGGACUCAGGAUGGGACCCCAGAAACACAGAGCCCAGCACUAACCCCUCACUCUCUUUCUUUCUCUCUCUCUGAAGAAGAGGAACAGGCUGAGCAGGCCGAGGAAGAGGAAGAAGAGGAGCGCCCCAAACCCAGCAGGCCGCUAGUUCCCCAGCUGGCUCCCCCGAAGAUCCCAGAUGGGGAGAGAGUGGACUUUGAUGACAUUCACCGUAAGCGCAUGGAGAAGGACCUGCUGGAGCUGCAGACACUCAUCGAUGUGCACUUCGAGCAGAGGAAGAAGGAGGAGGAGGAGCUCGUCAGCUUGAUGGAGAGAAUUGAGCGCCGCCGAGCAGAACGGAACGAGCAGGUGCGGGUCCGGACCGAGAAGGAGCGGGAACGCCAGGCCAAGCUAGCGGAAGAGAAGCUGCGCAAGGAGGAGGAGGAGGCCAAGAAACGGGCCGAAGAUGACGCCAAGAAGAAGAAGGUUCUCUCCAACAUGCCGCACUUCGGGGGCUAUCUGGUCAAGGCCGAGCAGAAGCGGGGCAAGCGGCAGACGGGGCGGGAGAUGAAGAACCGGAUCUUGGCCGAGCGACGGAAGCCCCUAAACAUCGAUAGCAUGCGGGAGGAUGAGCUGAGGGCGAAGGCCAAGGAGCUGCACGACUGGAUCCACCAGCUGGAGUCGGAGAAGUUUGACCUCAUGGAGAAACUCAAGCGCCAGAAAUACGAGAUUAACAUCCUUUACAACAGCAUCAGCCAUGCCCAGAAAUUGUGAGUAGCCUCC